GCCAUUUGCUUAGCUGAGUAGUUGUUGUAUUGAUUGCUGAAGGGGAAAAGGGAGAUGAUGCAUCUAAAGGUUGUACUUUGCUACUUCUCCUUGUUGGUUGUAAGCAUCAGAUUUAGCAGUAGCGAGGCAGCACGUACAACCUUUAGCAGCACAAAUCAGCGGAGGAGCCUUUUGGAGAAUGGACUUGGCCGCACUCCCCAGAUGGGGUGGAACAGUUGGAACCACUUUGCUUGCAAUAUUGAAGAAAAAUUAAUCAGGGAAACAGCUGAUGCCAUGGUAUCAACUGGACUUGCUGCUGCGGGAUACCAAUACGUGAAUAUAGAUGAUUGUUGGGCAGAAUUAGAUAGAGAUUCAAGGGGGGAUUUUGUUCCCAAAGCCUCGACAUUUCCAUCUGGAAUCAAAGCGUUGGCUGAUUAUGUUCAUAACAAAGGACUAAAGCUUGGAAUUUACUCCGAUGCAGGAACUCAAACAUGUAGUAAGAAAAUGCCGGGAUCUUUAGGCCACGAAGAGCAAGAUGCCAAGACCUUCGCCUCAUGGGGAAUCGAUUAUCUAAAAUACGAUAAUUGUAACAAUCAAGAUAUAAGCCCGAAAGAAAGGUAUCCAAUAAUGACAAAAGCUUUGCAGAACUCUGGAAGGCCCAUCUUUUAUUCCUUAUGUGAAUGGGGCCAAGACGAUCCUGCCACUUGGGCAAAUGAGGUUGGCAAUAGCUGGAGAACAACCGGAGAUAUUUCUGAUAACUGGGAUAGGUAUGGUUAUGAUCUUACGAGAACCCAACCCAAUAUAUUAAGAUUCUUUGUUGUAACACGAAAUGACUAUAUAUUUAUCUUGAUUUCUACUAGCAUGACUUCACGGGCAGAUGAAAACGAUAAAUGGGCAUCGUAUGCAAAACCCGGUGGAUGGAAUGAUCCUGACAUGUUGGAAGUCGGGAAUGGAGGCAUGACAACAGAGGAAUACCGUUCACAUUUUAGCAUUUGGGCAUUAGCAAAGGCACCUCUUUUGGUUGGUUGUGAUGUACGAUCAAUGAGCAAAGAAACACAUGAAAUACUCAGCAAUAAAGAAGUUAUCGCGGUGAAUCAAGAUAGUCUUGGAGUUCAGGGGAAAAAGGUCAAGAAGAAUGGCGAUUUGGAGGUUUGGGCCGGUCCUCUUCAACAUAACAAAGUUGUGGUAAUUCUAUGGAAUAGAAGUGGCUCAACAAGCCAGAUUACUGCUUAUUGGUCUGAUAUAGGACUCGAUUCAACAACAAUCGUUAACGCUCGUGACUUAUGGGCGCAUUCAACUCAAAAAUCAAUCAAGGGACAAAUCUCUGCAACUAUUCAAUCUCAUGCUUGCAAAAUGUAUGUUCUUACUCCACAAUGAGAGUAAAUGAACAUUUCAUUUUUGUAAUGUAAUAAGAUUUGGGAAGCCAAAUCCAAGAAAUUAUACAUAUGAAGCAAAUAAAUAUUUUCUUCUAUUUA